UGCUACAGACCUUCAGAAUGAAGCAAGUUUACUUGAUAAUGACGAGCUUGAUGAACUUCUAAAUGAAUUACCUGUAGAGGAUAAUUAUGCCGCUACUCUUAAUUCUGCAAUAGUGGAUUAUUUUAAUGAUAUUGACCAAUCUAUUGCAACUGAAGAAGCAUUAACAGAUCAACAAAUA